CAAGCCUGAAGUAAUAUUUCUCACUGUGAGUAUACACAUUUCUCAGACGAAUAUGGAUACGGACUUGGAGGGCGCUGCGCUAGAGGAGCUUCAUAAAGAACUUACCUGUCCCGUAUGCCUUGACUUGUUCCGCGAGCCGGUUAUCCUAGAGUGCGGUCAUCACUUUUGUCGUGCUUGUAUUGGUAGGUGUUGGGAGGCAAAGUCUGAAGACGAAUCGACUUGCCCUCAGUGCCGUAAGACAUGCUCCAAAAGACUGAGACCAAAUUCACUUCUUUGUAACGUUGUGGACAGUGUGCGCCGCGCGAGAGCAAUGGACGACGCGCGGCCGAAGGACCCCCAACCAGCACAGAGGAGUCAAUCACCGGAGGCGUCCACCUCCAGUUGUAGCGGUGAGGACUCCGAAACCAAAAUUGAACCUGACAUGUGUCUUGAACACGAGGAGAAAUUAAAGCUCUACUGUGAAGAUGACCAGGUGGCAAUCUGUCUUGUUUGCGGGAUGUCCCGGGACCACAAGACUCACAACGUAAUUCCCAUCAACGAGGCUUUUGAAAAUUACAAGGAAAAGCUGUGUCUUGCGCUUGAACGAGUCGGGGAACAGAGGAAGGAGGCCGCUGCUUAUCAAUUCCAGACAAAUGACACCAUCUUGCUCCUCAAGGAACGAGCUGGGGAACUGGAUCACCAGAUCAGCACUGAGUUCCAGGAACUUCGUGACUUCCUGUCACGACAGGAAGAGGAAAUGAAAGCGCGACUCCGACAAGCCAAAGAGCAGAAACUGGGGCAGCUGAAUGACUUGCUCACCCAAACCACUGAGCAGAUGAGUGAACUGGACCUCGCUGCCAAAACAAUACACACCAAACUCAACGAGGAAGAGAACCCCAAACUGCUUACAGGAGUUAAAUGUUUCAUUGAGAGUGCGGAGUGUGUGUUUGAGAAGCCUCAGGGUGUGUGUGCAGAGCUGCCAGAGGGGGAAUUUGUAGGCCCACUGCAGUAUCGAGUCUGGAAGAAAAUGAACUCAGCCUUGAAGCCAGUGGUGGAGCCGGUGGUCUUGGACCCCUCCACUGCCUACCCCCGCCUCCACGUCUCCCCGUGUGGGCGGAGCGUGAGAGUUGGGGAGAUCCAAUCAGGUCUGCCGAACAACCCUGAGCGCUUCACCCUCUACAACAUCGUGCUGGGCACGGAGCCCUUCACCGAGGGCCGCCACUACUGGGAGGUGGAGGUGGGGGCCAAGACGGCCUGGGGCCUGGGCGUGGCUGCUGCCUCGGUCAACCGCAAGGAGGAGAUCAGCUUGUGCCCGGAGGACGGCUUCUGGACGCUGGUGCUGAGCAACGGCAGCGAGUACGAGGCAUGCACCAGCGCCGAGGAUUGCCCACUGAACCCCAGUCGCCAGCCCGACUGCGUUGGCAUCUACCUGGACUACGACCGUGGCCUGGUGACCUUUUACGAUGCAGGAGAUAUGAGUCACCUGUUUACGUUCAGUGAAGCACACUUUACUGAGCCAGUCUACCCCUACUUCAACCCCUGGCCCAUUAUCAACGGCCGCAACCGGGAACCUCUCACCAUACGCACACCUCUGUUCUAGUGGGCUGUUGAAUAGAGCCUCUGACCAUACGCACACCUCUGUUCUAGUCGGCUGUUGAGUAAAAACCCCUCACCAUAUGCACACCUCUGUUCUAGUGAGCUCUUGAGUGGAACCUCUCACUAUAUGCACACCUCUGUUCUAGUGAGCUGUCGCUAAGCCAGCUGAGUAGUUAAACCAUGGCAACCCAAGGAACAUAGAGUAUAUCCAACAUAUAACUGAAAACUGGUGUCACUCACAUUAACUCUACAUGUACUGUAGGCUGCAUAGCCCUACCAAUAUGGUGUAGUAUAUGGCCACAGGAAUGAGAGGUGAUUUUGAUGAAAAAUGGUCUCAAAUAUAGAUCAGGUUGUCACCACUUGUCCACCAGGUGCCCUGGCAGCUUUCAUUGAUGCAGACACUGAUAUAUGAAGAUAUAACAAUGCACAAUACUAACACAUUUGACUCUUUUUUUGUGUGUUUGUGACUAAUAUUUGUCAUCUGCAGAUCCAGAUUAGUGUUAGGUGCUGGGAGAUGAUGCUGGGAGAGGGGGCUAAAAAUUAUAAAGAUAAGUUUGAUCUUCUCUUCCACUAGCACUGCUCCACUAACCUGACUCUCGCCAGAUGAAUUUCGCUCCGCCUAGCUCCACUCACAUCCAUCUGGGAUCGCUUCCGUUGAGAGUGAUUUCGGCACGAGAUUGUAUG